CCAUUGGAAGGAAAGUGCAACCAGGCCCCUAAGGCCCUCUGCUAUCAUGGCCUUGAGACCCGAGGACCCCUCUGGUGGGUUCCAGCAUGGCAGUGUGGUGGCUUUCAUCAACGAGAAAAUGGCCAGACACAUAAAAGGCCCUGAGUUCUACCUGGAGAAUAUAUCCCUGUCCUGGGCGGAGGUGGAAGACAAGCUCAGGGCUAUCCUGGAGAACAGUGCAGUGACCAGCGAGGCCAAAGAGGCUUGUGCCUGGAGUAGCCUGGCCCUGGGCAUGCGCUGGGCCCACAGGCAGGGCCAGUUACACACUUGCAGGGUGCAGUGGCUAGAAGACUUCACCAACCUGCACAAAUCGGCCUUACAAGCCUUGACCUCCAACAUGAACGAGCUUACCGCGAAGCACGAAAUGGAGCGCAGAGACGCAGCCUAUCAGCUGCAGCUGACGCUGGCCAAACUGGCUGAGGUUCAGAAAGAGAAGGAACUGCUGAGGUUGAAGCUUCUCCAGGCUGAGAUGGCAUCUUCCUGGGAACGGCAGCAGGUUUCAGAGGGGCCAGGCCUGACUACUACCAGUGUGUUUGGGGCAAACGGAGCAGAAGCACCCACACCAUCCCCACCAUGGGCAGCCUUCACAGCAGGAGCUCCAUUUCAGGCUGUCUACUGGGGCCCCUCUAUGAUGGGGUCCCAGGGAACAGAUCCUCAAGAACCCCAAAGAGACCAGAGUGCCUUUGAGCCCCAACAGCUGAGAAGACUUCCAGCAUCUCACAGGCCCAGGGAUUGGAACUGCCUUUGGUGUAACCCUAUGAAUUUUUCAGGGAGGGAAAUUUGCCACCACUGUGGGAGGGGCACCUGGUUACAGAACCCUUAAAUUCAGGAAUGUGAAAUAUAACAAAUAUAUCCCAAAGCGAUAUCAAUAUUUGGUGGGGGGAGGGGCUGUGUUGAGUGGGGGUAAGGGAAUGAGUGGGAGAACAAGACUAGUGGAGUUGGAGGGAGGCAGGGUGGGAGGUGGGAGAGAAAUGCUUUGAUGAUCCUCUUUGUGUUCCAGAGCAACGGUCACCAACCGGUGGUCUGCAGACCACUGGUAGUCCACGAGGUCUGAAAGGUUGGUGACCGCUGGUUUAAGGAAACCUUUGGAGCAGCGUCCACCAACUGGUGGUCCGCGGACCACUGGUGGUCCGUGAGGUCCAAAAGGUUGGCGACCGCUGUUCCAGAGCAUAAGUAUUCGACACCCCAGAAGUGCUGUUUAUUUGUAUGUAUCUCUCCCCCACCCUAGUAUCUGAGGGACCUGGUUAUCCCUCCCUUCCUACCUAGGCUCUAGAUUAUUGCAGCAGGAGUGGACAUUUGACCCAUCCUGAGGCAAACAGAUUGUCACACUAGAGAAUCAGAAGAGAGACAGAUUUCAUAGUCAGGAUGGUGUUGGGCAGUGAAGUAGUGGGUCAAUUGGAGUUGAGGCCAAGGUCAGAGCCAUGGGCAUGGGGGCCUCAGCCAAGGCCUGGCUCUGGUUAAGGGGAAAGCAGAGCCAUGUGCUUUACAGAGGCCAAGUGUCUUAGAAGACACCAGUAUGACAUCCCAGAAAAAAGAGGCACAGAGAAGCAGAGAAAAGUUUAUCCUGAGACCCUAGAGAUAAAAGAGUGGAGGCCCAACCAUUUUUCCGCUUCCUGCCAUUGUGCUGUGUAAAAAAUCACUCUACCCAGAUCCCCUUUUCUUUAAACUAACUGGAGCUGCUUACUCUUCUGUGGAACCAGAUUAUUUCAAAGUCAGAAAUAGGCACCGAAAGAGGAGCAACAAACCACAGACUGUCAAAGAAAAUGUCAGAACUGGCCAGGGAGGUACCUCAGUGAUUGAUGGGUAGUUGGGAUUCCUGCUCCCAAGAGUAUUCAGGGAUGAACUGAACAAGAAGCUCAUUCAUGUUCUGAGUGAGUUAUAUUAGAAGAAAUAAUCAAAACAGGCCUGGGGUUAACCCCCGCCCCCCUGGGGUUAAUUUGGGAGCGGAAUUUGGGUACAAAUCUCUCGGUGAAUUCAGAAAUGUGGAAUAGAACAUAUCCCAGUGGGAAAUUAAAUUCCAGAGAGGGGGUGACAGGAAAGAGGGAGGGGGAAGAUGGUCUUCCUCUCUACCUUUCAUGGCAAUAAGCUUUGUUGAGAAUGACUAAAUGCAUAGUUUAGCCCACAGGUGGAAGGAUGGUGAGGAGUCACACCAGACUGGGACAACUGGAGGAGCCCAGGACAUCACCUGGCCACUGUGGACCUAGAGACUGAAGUUGUCAUGGCCCUGCGACAUCUCUGCAGCAGCUGCAUGUGACUGGGCUAUUUCCUUUUGGGGCAAAUGUGGAUAACCAUCAGAAUUGGGGACAAGAUACCUAGCUUGUACUUAUCAGAAAUAACCUUGGGCUUGUUUAUAUCCUCCUAGGGCAGGGCUUCCCAAACUCAGCACUCUUGACAUUUGGAGUUGGAUAAUUCUAUGUUGCAAAUGGCUGGUACACUGUAGGAUGUUUGGCAGAAUCCCUGGUUUCUACCCUGAUGCCAGUAGCACAUCCCCCAAGUUAUGACAACCAGAAAUGUUUCAAGAUAAUUACCACAUGUCCACUGGGGGGUAAAAUUGUUCCUCAUGGGCAACCAUGGAGGCAAUGAAAUACUUAAGAGUAUUCAGAAUAAGUGCCAGGGGAGCAAGUCAGCGGUGCCCAGGGCUGUAGGGGGCCUGUAAGACAGGAGGUAAAAAGUGUUCAUUGGGUCUGGCAUUCACUUUUGAUCUUUGAGCAAAUCUGGGUGGGGGAGAAGCAGAAGCCAAACUGACAGUACUGAGGAGAGAGGGAGCAGGAAGUAAGGAAGUACAGUUAGCAAAGGGGGCUUUUCAAGGACUCCUGGCUGUGAUGGGAAGGAGUGAUGUGAGAUACAUAGCUGAGAGGGUUCUUUUGACUAUGGGAGAAACUGGAGCCAUGGGGAAGGAGACAGCUGAAGAAAGCUUGCAAACACAAGAAAUAUAUAAAAGAAUGGGACAGAUCCUGCCCUACUGUAUUGGAAGACUAUUCUACUGUUCAAAAAUAUAUGAAAGGUCAAUUUUGUUUUUUGUGAAAUAAAACCCCCAAAAGUAUUGUGUAUAUGUAUGCUAUGUAUAUUAACACAUUGUUUGCGGGUAGUUUUUAUCGUGCACUAACAGGUGGCGCGGGCCAUUUUUGUGCAAAUGGCAACGUUCAGUAAAAUUACGAUAACUUUAGUUUACAUAUUUAUACGUUACCCGCAUUCUACCGCUAGUCUAUAAAAAACGUAUUAAUACGUGUCCCGCGCUCUACUACACUGGUAGAACGUAUAAAUACGUAAAAUGUGUAAACACGUUUCCUGCAUACAAUGUGUUAAUAGAUGUUUUGUGUGCCCUAUGUUACAGAUUUAUAUUUGAAUAAGCAAAAAAAAGACACUUAGCAAACAAGGUAUUACCUAGGGAGACUGGGAUCAGAGUCAGGGGAUGGAAAGUAGGAGUGGAUGGGUGUGGGGGUUAUAGGGUGCAGUGGGGUUGGUUACAGUAAGGCAUUAGGGUGGAGGGAUUGUAUAUCUUCAGGUACUUCUGUGUUGUGUAAAAUAAAAUAAAUGUUCAC